UGGAGUUUUACGUAAUGAAAACAGGAAGUGUGAUUCGUGCACUUUAGCACCCGCGCAGAAGCUCUCCGUUAAAACUGGGAAAUUGACAGUAACGCGGAGACUGCAGUAAAAUACUGUAUGAUCUUCAUCUCUGAGACUGUGAGGAGCGCGUGCAUGUGUCGGUGAUGUCAGACUGUGAGCCGCUCAACAAGCGCUGGAGGACUGAAGAUGCAAAAAAAACACAGCAAUCAGCUCCUCCGUGCUUGGAUCAUCCUGAAGCUCCAGCUGAGCUCCAGAGGAACCCACCGAAGAGAUGCAGCCGGACUCUGGAUGACUGGCUGCUGAAGAAGCCCGCAGUGACCCAGAGGAGCUCUCAUCAUCAUCAUCAUCAUCAUCAUCAUACCGAACCUGAGGGGUCCGAGGAGAAUUCACGGAAGCAGAAGUGUCCGGAGAGCACGUUAACCUCGGAGAAGAACUCCGUGACCGAACCCAGACGAACCGGUUCUGCUCCGAACACAGGGACGCGCAGAAUCACAAACUUCUUCACUGAAGCUCCAGGGAAAGUCGCGUGCAGAAGGGCAGCAGCUGCAGCAGGGGCUGAUGGGAAGGCGUUCAGCGGUGAUGUCACUGGGCUGGGUGUUUCUGACAGUGACCUGCGGAGGGCACCGGCGUGCAGCGGCCCGUUACCUGCCCUGAAACCCUCCGACAGCCACACGGUCCUGAUCCAGACUGAUCUGUUGCAGUCCGGUGAAGCUCCAGAGCCACAUCCAUCUCCAGAUCAGCUGCAGGACCGCUGGGACGACACACACGUCAAACUACCCUGCUCCACACACAACCUGUUCCCCACGGACCGCACGGUGACACACACACACACACACACACACACACACACACACACACACGUCAAACUACUCUGCUCCACACACAACCUGUUCCCCACGGACCGCACGACCGUCCAGAGCCGAUGGGAUUUGAUCUAUAAAGCGCUGAGUGUCCCGUUCAGCUCUGCUCAUGAUGUGAAGGAUGCCAUAUUGAAAUAUAAUACGGGUCAAGCGAAGGGAUGGAGCUUCACAGCACUGCAUGUGUACUGUAAGGCGUCUGAAGCUCAGCAGAUGUUUGGAGAGCUGCUUCCAGAGAUGGCCCAGCUGGCACUGAGAGCACCACGCCUCCUCACACAGCCGAUCCCGCUGUUGAGGACGCAGUGCUGUCGAUCCCUCACGCUGUCUCAGGAACAGGUCUCCUGUCUGCUGGCAAACGCUUUCUUCUGCACCUUUCCUCGACGAAACUCUCAAAGGACGGAGUUCAGCAACUAUCCUGACAUCAACUUCAGCAGGUUGUUUGAAGGUUCAUCUCAGAGUAAGCAAGAGAAACUCAAAACGCUCCUGUGGUACUUUAGACGGAUCACGCAGCAGAGGCCGACCGGUCUCAUAACAUACACCAGACAGUGUCUGCAGCGUUUGCCCUCGUGGUCCAGCUCAGAAAAGCAGUUCAGCAAGCUCCGCAUCAGCUGUGAGGGAACCAUAGAAGAGCAGGGCUACGGCAUGCUGCAGGUAGACUUUGCCAACCGGUUCGUUGGGGGGGGGGUGACUGGUUCUGGUCUGGUUCAGGAGGAAAUCCGUUUCCUGAUAAACCCGGAGCUCAUCGCGGCUCGGCUCUUCACUGAAGCACUGGAGGAUAACGAGUGUCUGAUCAUCACAGGUACAGAGCAGUUCAGCAGAUACUCGGGAUACUCCGAUACCUACCGAUGGGAUGGUAACCAUGACGACCAGAUGCCGAGGGACGAGUGGCAGCGCAGAUGCACCGAGAUCGUGGCUAUAGACGCCCUGCAGUACAGAAACUUCCUGGAGCAGUUUCUCCCUGAAAACAUGAGCAGAGAACUCAACAAGGCCUUCUGUGGGUUUGUUCGUCCUGGAGUCCAGACGGAGAAUCUGUCCACCAUCGCGACGGGGAACUGGGGCUGUGGAGCUUUCGGUGGAGACACGCGUCUGAAAGCUGUGCUGCAGAUGAUGGCGGCUGCGGAGGCGGAGCGUGAUCUGAUGUACUUCACGUUUGGUGACGCAGAUCUGCUCAGAGACGUCCAUCACAUACACACACUGAUCACAGACACACACGCCACCGUAGGAUCCGUGUUCAGGUUGCUGCUGCAGUAUUAUGAGUGUGUGUGUAAGAAAACUACAAGAGGCAAACCUCAGGAAACACUUUACUGCUUCCUCUCUGAGCGCCUGUGACCUCUGACCCCAGCAGGGCUGUUUUCUGCACUCAGACUUCACUGUAUGUGCCUCAAUAAAGCUGUUUUAUAUGUCUGUCA